AUGUCUUCCGCUACCAAAGAUGUCCUAGCUAAGGUGCAGCGCAUGAUUCCUCCCAUGCUGGAAAAGUUUCACAAGGGCCAGUUGGGUAGAGUGGCCGUCAUCGGUGGCAGUGAGAAUUACACAGGCGCACCCUACUUUUCGGCCAUGGCGAGCGCAAGACUAGGCUCUGAUCUGUCUCAUGUCAUUUGCACCCCCGCCGCUGCGACUGUCAUCAAAUCAUACUCACCAAACCUCAUGGUUCACCCGCUGAUGCGCCAGAGCCAAAAUGCAAAGAAGGAGCAUGAGCCCGCGGCUUGGGAUGCGUCCAAGGACCCCGAGUCCAAUGCUGAACAUAUCGCCUCUCAGAUCAAGGAUUUGCUGCCUCGCCUCCACGUUCUUGUGAUUGGACCUGGUCUAGGCCGCGAUCCGUUGAUGCAUGCCACUGUCGCCCAUGUUAUCCGAGCCGCCCGUGAGCAGGAGCUGCCAGUUGUUUUGGACGCCGAUGCCCUAGCUAUCAUUCACACACAGCCGGAGCUGGUGAGCGGAUACACUGGUGCUGUGCUCACACCUAACGUCGUCGAGUUUGGAAAGCUGUGUGAUGCCCUGAAAGUCAAGGUUGAUGAUGAUGCCCCGGAGACAGCACGUGUCGAGGCUCUGGCCAAGGCUCUCAAGGGUGUGACGGUUGUUCAGAAGGGUGCAAAGGACUACAUCUCCAACGGUGAGACGACAUUGACAGUUGAUCUCGAGGGUGGUAAGAAGAGGAGCGGCGGACAGGGAGACACCUUGACUGGUUCUAUUGCCACUUUCUUGGGCUGGAGAAGAGCCUACCUUGACGGUCUCUGGGACGUAGGCAAGAACCCCAUUGAUGAGCAUGAGUUGGUCGGACUAGCAGCUUUCGGUGGCUCUGCUAUCACAAGAGAGUGCUCUCGCUUGGCCUUCUCCAAGAAGGGACGCAGUCUGCAGGCAAGCGACCUGACUGACGAAGUGCACAUCUCGUUCCUCAACAUAUUUGGUGAGGAUGAGGCGGUGAAAGAGUCCAGGUUGUAA